AUGCAUUCUGUUGCUGCUUCUGCUUAUGCAGCCACACCAGGAAAGCAGCAAGCAAGCGAGACAAUAAAACACAACAAGAAGACGCAGCUCCUCGCACCCAGAUUUAUCCUGGGGAAAGCAGAGCCAAAGCAGCAGCAGCAGCAACAGCAGCAGCAGCAGCAGCAGCAGCAGCAGCAGCAGCAGCAAUCGAGCAGAAACUGCAGCGCAUGCAGACAUACAAGAAAAAACAGUGAGACAUACAGAAACACAUGCAACAACACUAGACACACAAGCCAGCAGCAGCAGCAGCAACAUCAGCAGCAGCAGCAACAGCAACAACAGCAGCAGCUGACGCAACAGCAACCGCCCCAGAAGACCGGGCAGAGCCAGCAGCAGCAGCAGCAGCAGCAGCAGCAGCAGCAGCAGCAAGCUUCGCAGCAGCACUUGCUGGCGCGCUUCGGCCGUGUGUACAACUCUAGAAGCAGCAGACAUACAAGAAAAAACAGUGAGACAUACAUAAACACAUGCAACAACACUAGACACACAAGCCAACAGCAGCAGCAGCAACAUCAGCAGCAGCAGCAACAGCAGCAGCAGCAGCAGCUGACGCAACAGCAACAGCCCAAGCAGACCGGGCAGAGCCAGCAGCAGCAGCAGCAGCAGCAGCAGCAGCAGCAAGCUUCGCAGCAGCACUUGCUGGCCGUGUGUACAACUCUAGAAGCAGCAGGGGACGCUUACACAGCAGCACCAGCUGCUGCAGCAGGAGCAGCAGCUCCAGCAGCAACUGCAGCAGCAACACUAGCAGCAGCAGCAACUGCAGCAGCAGAUCGCCAUCAACGAUGGGGAAUGUGCAGCCGCCACGAGACAGCAGCCUUGCUGCAGGUAGAAGGGCCUGGUUCAGGAGCAGCAGCAGCAGCAGCAGCAACAGCAGCAGCAACGACUGCAUCAACAACAACAGAAGCAGCAGCAGCAACAGCAACAGCAGCAACAGCAGCAACAGCAGCAGCAGCAGCAGCAGCAGCAACCACAUGA